AUGGGUUCCGACGCCGACAAAGGUCAGAACUUACCGGUCGAAGACCCGCCAUCUAGGCCCUCCUUAUUCUCUCGUCUGACUUCGCCUCUUCGUUCACGAACACGUAAUCUCGCCGAUUUUCACAUUCGCCUCCAAGAGCCUCAUCGCCAAUACUCUGCUGGAGAUCACGUAAAGGGUCACGUUGUCCUUUCUGUCGUUAAGCCUAUUCGCAUAACACAUUUGACUGUCGCCCUACACGGAUAUGUUCGCGUCUACAAACAUGCUGGUGCUGGCGCGCAGCUUAGUCCCGUCAAUCCCGCUGUAAUUUCCCACGAAAGGAGCCGAAGUGUUAGAUAUUGCGGGAAUGGGCUGGCCUCCCUCUUUCAGGAUGAGCAGGUUUUAUGUGGUGAGGGGAGGCUCAAGCCUACAAGAUUCGAAUUUGAAUUCGAUCUCAUAUUUCCUGCCAAGGGGUUACCAAGUAGUAUUGAUUUCGAGAGAGGGACGAUAUCCUAUAUGGUCACAGCCACAUUAACACGACCGACUUCAAUAGCUGCAACUUCUAGUUGCGAGACGAAAGUAGCCCUAAUAGAAAAGGUGGAUAUAGGUGUACUUGCCCCUCCACGAGAACGGAGGGUAUGUAUGCAGACUUUACGGAGACGGCCGAAAAAGAAAAAGAGACCGGUGCCGGCAGUCGCAUCGGGUGCCAAUCGCGGCUCGGUAUCUACAGAAGGGCAGGAACCGGCGUCAGACCUUGACUCUACAAGGGUAAACGAAAAUUCCAACGGGAGUUCCGUCAGUCUGGGAGAAGUGACAACGUCAGUCGGGUCACCCGGAAACCAUUUACCGCGAAGCCCAUUACGGAGCGACUUAAUCCCGCACGAUCUACAGAGUGAAAUUAGUGGUGAUAGUGCUGUUAGCAACAACAGCGGCUCUAAUAGUGCUAGAGGUGCCGAUGCCAGUGCCGAAUCUGUGGCUGCAAGUAGGUUGUCGGGGAGUGAUGAGAGAGAGAUAACCGCAACCGUUGAAUUAUUGAAAGGAGGCUGUCUUCCCGGAGAUAUAUUACCUGUUAAGAUCAAGAUUGAGCAUAACCGUCGCAUGAAGAGCAUGCAUGGCAUUAUCGUCACGCUGUAUCGCCAAGGUCGCGUAGACUAUUCACCACCGCUCUCCUUAUUCACGGCGGAACUCUCUAAAGAAGAUGCCAAGCGAUUAAAGCACGAAGAUUAUUAUCCGAGAUCAAGGACUGGACUUGGGGGACUAUCGUUAUCCUCUGCUGGUUCGUGUAGCGUUUUUCGAAAAGACCUCUCUCAAACGGUUGCACCACUUAUAAUAAAUCCUGUCACGCUUACAGCAAAUAUCACGACGUCUAUUAGAAUACCAGAAGAUGUAUUUCCGAGCAUCAAAAAUGUUCCUGGGGGCUUAAUUAGUUUCAGAUAUCACGUUGAGGUAGUUCUCGAUCUAGGCGGUAAACUCGCGGGCCAGUCUACUGGAAGCUCGCAGCAAGCAAAUAGAAUUGGAUCUUUAGGGGUUCCGGGUGGCAAUCCUGCCUCAACGGUCGGGGCAUAUGAUCUGAAGCGGCUUGCCAACUGGAAUGGCACAAUAGUCGACACUGAUCACUUAAGACGUGAAAAGGGUGUUAUAUCCGUGUCCUUUGAGGUUGUAGUAGGGACUAUGGACUCCGCCCGCUCGCGAGGCAAAUCCGUGGUGCGCCCGUCGCUCACAAUUCAACCGCCUCCUUCGGAAGACAUCUACAGCGAGAACGAUGAGCAGAACUAUACCUGGCAAAAUGAACUUGACAGUGGAAAUAACUAUAACGGAGAUUUCGCAUCCGGGCAGCUCGAGCCGUCGCCUCAAAAUUAUUUUCCGCCGGGAGCAUCUCCUCAAACAUCCUAUUAUGACUUCCAAGACCAGGAAUCGCAUGCUCCAGUCUAUGUCCCACCACCAGAGGUACCCAGGCAAAGCGAUCUGUCGGAAAAAGAGCGCAUUCGUCAAGCAGAGCAGAGGUUGUUGCCUAGCCAACCGCCACUGCAACUUGAAGAAUCAGAGGCUGGCCCAUCGCAGGCAUCCGCGCCUAUCGACGAAUCCGCUCAUCCGACUAAUGGUAAUCAUAAUUCAAGUAGCCACACUUCACUGCCGGAGCCAGAAGGGGGUGUUGGAGGACCAUCUGCGCCUAUGCUGACAGAUCUAACACCGACAGGUCCUCCAUCUUCAUCUAAUGUUGAUGAUAAACAGGAGCUUGAGCGCCGACGUCUUCUCCAAGAAGCUAGUGCGCCCCCAGAGGUUCCAGAAGACUACGAGGGCGAGGGGUCAUCUGCACCAGCACUCGGUCCAUCAGGGGGCGUGGAACCCACAGCUCCGGUUAUUCGUGAUGACCACGACUAUGGAAGUCUGGACGCUUAUCAUGACAUCGCCGGACCUUCAGGGCGAACCGCGGGAUCAGAACCAUUGCCGAGAUAUGAGCGAUGA